AUGUUUUUGUCGGAAAUUCCGCUGUUCCAGCAACAAAAGUUACCGCAGGAAUAUUUCACGCCAGACGACAAGUGGAUAUGCAGCAGUAAGAGCCUUAAGGGGAUGCGCCUGAACGUGCCGCGGGCAGUACGAGCCGGCCACUCCGUCACCCUAGGGUGCGAGUACGACCUUGAGGAAGCACCGCUGUAUUCGGUCAAGUGGUACCGCGACAACGACGAGUUCUACAGGUACGUGCCCAAAGAGGCGCCGCCCACCAGAGUGUUCUCGCUGCCCGGACUCCACGUCGACGUGUCGGUGUCGAACGCACACAACGUGACGCUGCUGUCGGUGGGCCGCGAUAUCUCGGGACUGUUUCAGUGCGAGGUGUCUGCCGACGCGCCCCUCUUCCACACGCAGAUGAUGUCGGCGCCCAUGACGGUUGCAGUUGUCCCCGUCGGAGUGCCCGUUGUGACCGUGGACAGGGCAGGGCUGGAGCACGGGCGCCCCCUCAUCGCCGACUGCCACGCGCCGCCCUCCUUCCCCGCAGCCAACAUCACGCUGUAUGUCAACGACGAGAGGGUGAGUCUGUGA